UCAAUUGAAAAUGAAAUCCUAUGCAUUAAAAUUAUCAUUGAUAACUUCAAUACUUCUCAUCAUAUUCGUGCCAAUGCAUUGCGUUAUCUUUAGAUCAGACCGCGUGGUGAACCUCAAGUAUGGUGACUUGCAAGGUUUUAUAGUGAAGCCAAACCAUCACGGCCUGGGCAACGUGGAGGUUUUCUUAGGGGUCCCAUACGCGGCUCCGCCUGUAGGACAACUCAGGUUCAUGCCUCCUACUCCUCCAUUCCCCUGGUCAAACGUGCGGAGGGCUGAAACCAUGCCGCCGGUAUGUCCCCAGAAACUACCAGAUGUUAGUAAUCGGAGAGAAGCCCUCAAGAAGAUGCCCGAGGGAAGGUAUAACUAUCUGCAGCGUCUUAUCCCCAUGCUGAGAAAUCAGAGCGAAGAUUGUCUUUUCCUCAACAUAUACGUACCGUCUUCUGGCGCAGGUACAACAGAGCGGUUGGCUGUGCUGGUUUACAUCCACGGCGAGUCGUACGAAUGGAACAGCGGCAACCCUUACGACGGCAUCACACUCGCCUCCUACGGACAAGUCAUCGUCGUAACCAUCAACUUCAGGCUUGGUGUGCUCGGGUUCCUGCGUCCAGCUCUGAGCGAGUCUCGCGUCAGCAACUUCGGGCUGCUGGACCAGAUCGCGGCGCUGCACUGGAUCAAAGAGAACAUCGCGGCCUUCAACGGCGACCCUACGCGGGUGACCAUCUUCGGUCACGGCACAGGAGCCGCCCUCGCCAACCUGCUCCUCAUCUCUCCUGUCACUCAAGUGUCUCAGGGUCUUUUCCAGCGAGCGAUAUUGAUGAGCGGGUCUGCCUUGAGUAAAUGGGCGCUAACGUGGGAUCCAUACAAGUAUACAAUACAGGUGUCCAAGGCCCUAGGUUGCCCUCUCGUCGACCGGGGCGACGAGCUCGCGCAAUGUCUUCGUCACAAGACCGUCGACGAGCUGCAAGACGUGCACCUCCAGACCCCUCCCUUCACUACACCGCUUGGUCCCAUCGUCGACGGCGUCAUCAUCAAGACAGACCCAUACACGACCAUGUCGGAAGAUGAGAGAGUAUUCGGUCGCUACGAACUACUAUACGGCGUGACUCAGGCUGAGAGCUACAACAUGUUCACCGCAGCUGAAGUCAAGUUCGGCAUGUCUCUGGAAAGAAAAAACAAGCUUCUCAGGGCCUACGUAUCGAACAACUUUAACCAUCAUACAUCGAACAUUUACUCGGCGAUUUUGAACCAGUAUGACACGUUCAGCAGUGCACGGCUGCCAGACGAAAGAUCUACGAGAGAUUUGACCCUGGAGAUCCUAAGUGACGCACAAAUCGUGGCCCCGGUGGUGAACAUGGGGGACCUUCACUCGAACCUCAACCCCAAGAGCUACUUUUAUGUCUUCGACCAUCAGACCGAGAAUGGCGACUAUCCCGUCUCUCAGGGCACUGUGCACGGCGAGGAGUUGGCCUACGUGUUUGGGGCACCGCUGGUCGGAGGCUUCAGCCACUUUCCACUGAACUACUCCACUGACGAGGUCUACCUCUCAGAGCUCGUCAUGAAGCUCUGGACCAACUUCGCCAAGACCGGGAACCCGAACCUGCCGACACCUCAGGGUUUCCUCACCUCCGAGGCCAACCCUAACUGGGAUGAGAACUUACGUACCAUGUGGCCGCCUUAUGGCCGGCAACAAGAGUACCUUCAUCUUGACACGCACGUGGUCAAAGACUCGUACUUCAGAGCCCGUAAGUUGGCGCUCUGGAACAGACUGAUCCCUGAGCUCGUGUCGUCGUCAGGGACCAUGAGUGGGGGACAGCAGCUGACAUUCCCGGGGGCGACGCUCCCCACCAUCACACUCGCGCCCACGGUGGCCCCGGAAUUUCCUGAGAUGUUUGCCCCAGUCAAAACGACGCCUCGAACCGAUUAUUAUCAGUCUGGCCCUCGAGUUAUCAAACCAGUGCCAACGAAGCCAACGCCGACGCCUGUAUUUCCAGUAUCUGACAAAGAGGAAGAGACAGCCCAAGAAUCUGUUGAAGAAAUUGAAGUUCCGUUGGCAGGAACCCCAUUUCAAAUGGUCAUCGUUAUCGGUGUCCUCAUCUUUUGCGUGAACUGCGUGAUCAUGGGUCUGAUCGUGAUGUAUUAUAGAAAACAUAAACUCAGCAACGUGACUGAGGAAAUUAAGGACACAGAUUCGGCAGUCUCGGUGAACCCUUCAGAAAUCUCGUCAGUCGACCUGAUAGAUUUCAAUGAGACUUUGGAUGCAGAAAGGAAGGCCCGUAGGAAAAAACGAAGCCUUGACAAAAAUUCCAGUGACAGCAACGGCGUUGGUGAGAGCGCUUCCAGGACAUCUUCAUUAUCCAGAGAUUCAUCUCGUAAAAGGAAACGAAGCCAAAGUGCAGACUCAGUAGAAAAUUCUGAAACUACUGAAAUCAAAAUAGAAAAUGACAAUUUUAGAGGUCACAGGAGAAACAAAAGUAACCAUUCAACUUACUCCGAGCUGGGGCAGCAAGAGACGGAGAGUGAAGAAAAGAGAGGAUCUACGCGAUCCAGGCAUCCUUCGGUUAAAUUCAAUGAUGUUCCUGAGCUUCAUGAUAAGAAUCUUAAUCGCAGUACAUCUUCUAUAGUUUCCAAGUCUUCGGUAAAAAGUAGUUCAUCUCGAACAUCUAAUCGAAGUGGAACGUCCCGAAAUUCCGUUAAGAAUGGGACGACGAAAAAUGUAAAAAGAAAUGCAUGCAGCCAAAGCCUACCCACAGUUAACUACGGGUGGGCAGCUUCUGAAGAUACGAUAAACCCUGUAAAUUGUCCUAAAGCACAAGACAGUGUUGUUGUAGAAAAUGAAAGCAAGAAAGAACCGGCAAUGCGCAAGAGAAGCUUCCAGAAGGUAACAACAGAGCCACACCUCGUUGAGUCCUCCACAUUACCACGAUCUCGCCCUCCUCCUCCACUGCGAUCGACAUCUCUGACUUCACGGGACUUGGAAGAGCUGGAGAAGCUCCAGGACAUCUACAGAAACACCGUUGGACCGCCUUCUCGCACAUCACCAGACUCCUGCGAACACAGCGGCUCGGAACCAUUCUACAGCAUGGGAGGAGGCGAGGCCCCUGCCCGGGCCCCUGGGUUGAUGUACGGUCCCACAAUGGUACCUCACGCAAUAAACCCACGAGUGCUUAACAAAAUCGAUGGGCAUGAUUAUGACCAAUACCAAAAAUUCCAAGCGCCGUACCAAGUACCGAAUUCUCGUGGCAAUUCUGAAUCACCAUUGCCACUCUCCCCAACACAACCGUACCUAACUUUUGGCGAUAAUCGAGGUCCACGAGGGCCUUUGGCUUCAUUCGGCAAAUGGCGCGACCCCGUUUUGGGUCGGGUUACACCUCCAGUGAUACUCGAUUCAAGACGAAUGUCUCCAGUAUCACCUGUUCCUCCUCCUGUACCUGCACACCAAAUUCCCCUAACACCUUCCCUCCUACAAAUUGAACCUACAACAUCUUUCUCGUCACCUAUUUUUCCUGAGUCUCCAACGAAGCCCUUGCCCUCACCUACGACUUCCUCUUCUUCAUCCGCAGCAAUGUUCGAUCAGACAGAAAACACAGGAACUAUCAAGCGUCAAAAGCCUAAAUUUGGAAAUGACAUUAGUACCUUAGAAAGACCUUUGAAAAGUGCACUGAAAACCACGUCGGCUUAUGAUAAGCGACAGUCCUCGGGUAAAACAAACUCAAUACCUUUGCACGUAGGCAUCGUGCCUCCAUCAUCCCGGACUGCUGGACCAGCGUCAGCACCGAGUGUCUGCAGUCCGACAUCGAGCUUAAGCAGUGCUGGAAGUGGAACCCCAAAUUCCAUUGAACUUAAAAGUAUUCUCGUAAAAAGAACGCCCAAAGCUCCUCAAGAAUCUGGUUCUCCAAAUUCUAAUUCAAAACAAAAGCUAUCUGAUUCCUAAUCUAACAUGUGAAAUUGCGUGUCGAUCAAUAGUUGGAUUCAAUGUGAUGGUUGUGCACAACUUUGUAGACAUUUGUCUGGUAGAAGUUCCAUUUUAUCUCGUAACUUUGUUUUAGGUUUAUAUUAGAUGUCUUAAUAAUAGAGCAAAUUUUUUUGAUGCCUUAACGACAUCACACAGUUUGAAGUGAAUUAGUCUGCAUGGCCCGUCAUUAAUUUUUACUUUGUUUUACAUUUUAAAUUAAUAAUCUAAUGAGUAGAAAGAAUUUUUAUCCCUUGCAUCACCAGGGUUUCCCUCCGAGCUUCUUUUUUGCUUAGAGUGCUAAUCAAUUAUAAAAUUUCUCUUCCUAAUAGAGUACGAACGACGGGGAACGAUUUUAAAACUGUUACAACAAGUAUUUUCUAAAAAUUAUAACUGCCAAUCGAACCGUCAUCAUUAUCAGGUCAUCAUCGAAAUGCGUUGGACACUUUUAUCCUCUACUCAAGCAUCUUUGUGCAAAAGAGCAUUGAGAAACUCUCGAAAUCUUUUCUUUUAUCGCAAUUGAAGUUUUAUGACGGAUUCCAUCAACCCAUGCUUUAAUCAGCUGAUAUACUUAAAUUAUUUAAGACUUUUCAUCUUGUGGCUUGAGGUUGUGAACGCUUGGUUGGUAUUUUGGAAACUACGGUCCUUUCUUCGGAACACGGCCUUUUUCGGAGCUGCGAUUCGUGCCGAAUACCGGUAAUAGGAAUCGAGCUCUAAAAAAUAUCAUGUCAUAUGCCUUACACGAUAAAAAGGAGUGCUUGGUGUAUACAUUUUUGAAGAAAUGUUACGCCGUUUAUAACACAAUUUACUUAUACGUACGUUUAUACCAGUUGUAUUAUAUAUUGAGUGUUUCAUUUGAAUGAUGCUUGAGGCCGAAACCCUUAGAUCAUUUUGCGAAUAGUUUAAACGAAGAAUUUAUUUGGCUUAGAGGUUGGAAACAGCUUUUUCAAAUGCAGAAGAUAAAGCCUCGCCAUUUGGGGCGCUUGUUGAUUCGAAAAUUAACAAAACUGCUUCAAAUCAUUUACUGGAUGUGUUCUAUUUUCACAGACCUGUAGUCUUUAUUAUAGCCAUCAGAGUUAUAAGCUUUCGAUCGAAUGUUCCAAAUAAGAAAUACAAUUUUAAAAUUUUUGAAAACCUCUGUCGAAAAAUGUAUAUUCUUGAUUUGAUAAUGUUAUUCGUUAAGAUGAAAUGCGGUGAAAUGUAAAAAGUUGAAACAAAAUGCAGAUUUUGCAGCUGUGUAUAAAAGGAUUAUUUUGUAAAAGUCAGAAAUGAUUUACGCCAUAGCCAUAACUUCUAUUCAUCAAAAAUCUUUCCUUAAUUAUGUGUACUGAUAUAAUAUGCAAGAAAUUAAAUCUGUAAAGUGCACCAGGACUAUAUUUUUUUCAAAUAUCAUCGAAACAAUUGUUUGAUAAAGGCAAAUAUUAAUGGUCAACUUUUGUGUAUAUAAGACUGAUCGAAUGAUUAUUACUAGUCAAAAUGUAUUCCUGAGCGGUGUUUGAGAAAUGAAUUUUGGUCAUUUUUUCAGCGGAUUAGGGUUAGGAUUAGGAAAGAAAGGCGUUUUGGCCUCGGCUCUUAAUAAAAUUAUCCACUUUUAAGUAAUAUUGAAAUUGAUUAAAAACAACAUUAUACUAUUAAAUGAAAAUAGUAAUUUGUGUAUUUUGAUCCUGCAAUGACACGGCAUAAUUUUGCAAAAAAUAUCUCUGAUGAAUUGCUGAAAGAUUUUUUAGGAUCAAAGAUCACUUUUUGCGUUCGGUGACUGGUUUUUUAAUUUUCAGUAUUGGACUUACAGUUACGUUAGCCUCAUAAUCCUAUAGAUAACAUUUUUAGAAACCAUCCGCAAUCUCGGAUUGUUAAUUAUUUUAUGUAUAGUAAAUUGGUGAGCAGUCAACUGAGGCAUCAACGUUUGAUUGCUUAAAUAAAUAUUGUUUAGUGAA